UCAAAGGGGCCGCCCUGAGGACCCGCAGGGACCAGGAACGUGCUCAAGUCUUUUCCCUGUAUCAACAGGGACCAUCUAUUGGACAGGACGAUGAUGGUGACGAUGAAGUUGUUCCGGACAGGUUUGGUUUCUUGUGUGAGAAGCCACUUCCCAAAGACAACACACUGGGGACUAAGCAGAGACGAACAGAGUCCAGGAGACUGACCAAGUGGGUCAAAAUGCUAAAAAACUAUAGCAAGUACCAUGACAGUGAGAAGUUCCAUCAACGCAUUUUUAAGGGAAUCCCUGGUCAGGUGCACGGGAAAGUGUGGAGGCUACUCCUGGGUGUGGAUGCAAAGAAGGCCCAGAACCCAGGAAAAUUUGAGGAGCUUAAAGAGCAAGCCAAGCUGCGCUCCAAUCAAUUUCAUCAAAUUGAUUCUGCGGUGUGUUGGACAUUUAGAAACCACCUCAUGUUCCAAAAACGAUAUGGACUAAAGCAGCGAGGUUUGUUCGAAGUCUUGAUGGCCUAUGCCAUGUAUAAGCCGGAGGUGGGCUAUGGCCAGGGCCUGAGCCACGUAGCAGCCCUGCUGCUAAUGUGGCUAGGUGAGGAGGAUGCAUUUUGGGCUCUGGUCCAGCUCAUGGAGAAGGAAAAAUACUCAAUGGAUGGUCUCUACAAACCUGGAUUGCCACAGCUGGAAAAGCUCCAGGAACAUCUGGGUGAUACUGUGCAGUGCACAAUGCCCACUCUCUCAAAACACCUGGAGGAGCAGGGAGUGAGCCUCAAGACCUGCACCACACACUGGUUCAUCCAGUGUUUCCUGGAUGCUGUGCCAUUCCAUCUGGCUUUGAGGAUUUGGGACAUUUUUAUAUUAGAAGGGGCACACGUCCUCACCACCAUGGCCUAUGUCACCCUAAAAUUGAACAAAAAACGCCUACUGAAGAUGCCCCAGGACCACAUCCGGGAGUUCCUGCAGGUGACUCUCAAGCAAGCCUGGGACCAGGAUGACAACAUCAUUGUCAAGCACCUUCAAGCUUCCAAGAGGGAUCUGGCCAAGCGACAAUGCCUCCUGCCUCCCCAGGCAAUGCCUGGCCAGUCCUGCAGCCUGGAUCAGCAGCCUGUCAAUGUCCCUGAGCAGCCAGUUCCUGCCCCCACAACACUGCAAGGCACAGAGACAGCUCAGGCCCUGGAGCCACUGUGCCCACACCCUGAAUCCUCAGCACCACUUGCUGAGACUCCCCCCGUGGAACCAGCCACGUUUCGCCCCAUCAACUCAAUUCAGUACUUCAACCCUACAAAGGCUGAUAUGCAGAGCAACGCAUUCCUUCAUACGAGCCCUAAGACCAUGCCCAGCGUGGAGCUGCUCAGCACACACUGGCCGCUGGUGCUGCCCACCUCCACCACCCCUCCUCCCCCAGGCAGUGACUAG